UAAAAAAAAUAAAAGUAUGUCGAAUGUCGUAACAGCUGAACGUCAAACGUGGAUUGACAAAAUUGUUUCUCCAUUAUAAAUAUUAUGGGUGACGAUAAUUUAAAUUCUAGUACAAAAUGUGAUUCAAAUAAGUGCAAUGUAAUAAUAAUCGGCGGCGGUAUGGCUGGACUGUCCGCCGCCAAUCAUUUUGUGCAAAAUGGUAUGGAAGACUUCAUCCUUUUAGAAGCAAGGAAACGUAUAGGUGGCCGUAUAAUAUCAAUACCAAUGAAAAACCAUAAUGUUGAAUUGGGAGCUAACUGGAUACACGGUGUUUUGGGUAACCCAAUAUUCGAAUUAGCAAUGGCGAACAGUCUUGUAAAUAUUAUAAACAUACCUAAACCGCACAAAGUUAUAGCGGCUACCGAGGACGGGAAGCAAGUCCCGUUUGGCGUUCUUCAUGAGAUUCACGAGGCCUAUGUCUGCUUUCUUAGACGCUGCGAAGAGUAUUUUCUAUGUCAAUAUCUGCCUCCACCCGAUAUACACAGUGUGGGUGAACAUAUUAAUUUGGAAGCAACCAUAUAUUUAGAGCGAUUGCCGUCAUCAGAAGAAAAAAAAUUAAGGCGCCAAAUUUUUGAUUGCUUGUUGAAGCGAGAAACUUGUAUAUCUGGAUGCAAUAGCAUGGAUGAAAUUGACCUUUUGGAAUUAGGUAGCUAUACAGAAUUACAAGGGGGUAAUAUUAUGAUACCUAAAGGCUUCAGUUCUCUUCUUGAACCACUAAAAACAAAAAUAUCUCCUGACAAAAUAAUAAUGAAUAGUCCAGUGAAAACAAUUAUAUGGGAUACAGAUCAGCAUGGCUCACAUCCUGCAGAUGAUGUUGGUGAAGAAUCAGAGGACUCUGACCAGACUGUGAUAGAGGAUAUUUCUAAAAGUACUAACCUGAUUAAUGAAUCCCAAACUCAUCCCAGUGAAGGGUCUGUAAUACAUGACAGAGCUCAGAAACCAAAGAAAAAAGGUGUGAAAUAUGUUGAAGUAAAGUGUGAAGAUGGAAAAAGUUAUUUUGCAAAUCAUGUGAUAUGUACUAUUCCAUUAGGUGUUUUGAAAGAAAAUGCUGGCAGUAUAUUUGAACCUUCUUUACCUCAAUAUAAAAUGGAAGCUAUUGAACGGUUAUUAUUUGGAGUUGUAGACAAAAUUUUUUUGGAAUAUGAACGGCCCUUUUUAAAUCCAGAAGUAACCGAAAUCAUGUUAUUGUGGGAGACCUCCCCAGUUCCUGAAGAUAUUUCUGAAUCAUGGUAUAAAAAAAUAUAUUCUUUUAGUAAAGUUUCUGAGACACUGCUUUUGGGAUGGGUAUCAGGAAAAGAGGCAGAGUACAUGGAGACCUUAUCAAUGGAAGAGGUUGGCAUAACAUGCACAAAAAUAUUAAGAAAAUUUUUAAAUGAUCCAUUUGUUCCAGAACCCCAGAAAUGUGUUUGUACGAGCUGGCACAAACAACCAUUCACAAGAGGAUCAUACACUGCCAUUGCUGUGGGAGCCAGCCAGAGUGAUAUUGAAAGCUUGGCCCAACCAUUAUUUAGAAAUGUUCAUGAUAAAAAGCCUGUAUUGCUCUUUGCUGGAGAGCAUACCCAUAGCAGCUUCUACUCCACAGCCCAUGGAGCAUACUUAUCAGGUCAGGGGAUGGCUAAGCGGCUGCUAGCUCCUGAUGAACAAGCUGAGCACCUUAUUGAAUGUCCAGGCUCUGCUGAUCUCAAUGCUUGGAUACAAGGAAUUCAACUAGAAGGAUAACAGGUUGCCGAACUUAACAUUAGAUUACUGUUUCAUGGUAUUCUCUUAUGGUCUCGUUACUUUUUCAAAUCAGCAUAUUUUUAAUUUGGUCUUUAGGACGGAAGUUUGACUAUUUGUGGUCCGUUGUGAGGGUCUAACCCUAUUGGUCAUGACAAGGGCAAUGUUGCCCAUGUGAUUUUGCAAGCUGUUAUGUUUUAUUCUUAGUAUUAGUUAGGAAUACAUACUAUAUGUAUUCCUAUAGGUAUUAUAAUAUAUUUUUAAAAGAUGACAUUAAUCUGCUUCAUAAUGAUUGCUUGAAUUCCAUGAAUGUUAGCAAAUAAUAGUAGAAUGAUUGAGCUGUUUUAAAUUAGCUUUUCUAUUUCCGAAUCUAAGACAAAAUCAUUCAAAAAAUUAUGAUGAGAAAUCAUGUUUUUUCAAACUCAAUUUCACACUGAAAACAAAGGUGAUGAACCAAUAUUGAAAUGAUAAAUGGCUAGAUUUGUAAUUUAAUUUAUUAAAUUAUACAUACUAAUUAUAUAUACUACCAUCAUAUGAUUACAUAUUUUAUAAUCAAAGUAUGUACCUAAGUUAUAUUCUAAAGGGGUUUGGGUUAUUUUGUAUGGAGCAGUGGCGUCAUUGCGAAUUGCAAGCAAUAUGUGGCGUACGGAAAUUAUAAAUCCGCCAAACAAAUUUUAUUGGAAACCACGUACAGCCAAACAGUAUCGCAUGUGAAACAUUUGGCUUUUUUUUGCUGCCAAAAUUGAUUUCGACUCAUGUUAUGUUCAUUCUCCAGAUGCGCUAUCCGAUUACAUGGACAUCGUUUUGCCCAUCACAUGUAAUAUUUGGCUUAUCAGAGAUAGGUGAAAAAGUAAACAAAUGAAUGAAGAAGUAAUUCUUCAUUCAUCUAUUUACUUUUUUGUUAUUAUAUAUUGCUAUUUACUUUUAUGAUAUGGUCGAUAAUGACCUAUAAUCAAUCGACCAUAUGCACUUUGGUUGGGUGGCUACCCACCUGACACCCUAUUGUGCUUCGACUUAAUGAGUUAUGAACAUCCAUUCUAUAAAAAUAUUUUUUGUUGCAAAAUAUUUAAAAUGGUAUUCAUUUCAGCUGUUGUGCCGUUUACCUACUCUCCAUAUUAAAGUUUGUUUCCCUUGAUUGCUCUUUACAAAAACAUAGUUUGGUUAGUGGCCGCAAACAUUCAAAAUGACGCCGGCUUUAUUUAAAAAUUAACAUGAUGAAGUUACAAAUAGAUAUUUGUUCUUUUUCUUUUUUCCAAUCACAGUGUUUAUUUAUUUGUUACCGUUAUAUUAUGUAGAUUAAUUUUGUUUUCCAAAUACAUUGCCGUAAGUAUAGUAGAUUUAUCUAAGAGCGAAUAGUAGUUCUUGAAAUAAAUAUUAACAACUUGUCUAAUUUACUGUUUCAACUUUUUGGUCAGUUUUUUACUAUUUUGGUUGCAUCAAAUUAUGAAGUUAUUUAUUGUUAUUCACAAAAGAUAUUUCAUUGUGUUCGACCAGCAGUGUUUCUUAGUUCUUAAUGAGAAUUAGGUAAUUAGAAUAUCACUUCAUAUCUUAUACCAAAAUAUAGAAUCGAAUCAACGAGAUCUAAUGUGCUGAAUUGAUCGAAUUCUCUAAAAUAUACCUACCUAUACUAUAAUCUUUACAUUUGGAAGGCAACAAAAUCGCAAGCCUUGUUCCUUUUACCAAUAUAAAUAACAUUGUGAUUGACAUCGAGUUUUUGAUAUCACCUAUAAUUUUAUUUUGCUGAAUUGUUCAAUUUCGCUUAGUUUGUGUAGUAAAACCAUAUUUACCCAUACAAAAGAAAUUAUCGUGAAAAUAGUUUAUCAAAUCUUAAGUACCUAAUUAUUUAAUUGCAUUUCUAUCUAUUAUCUGGGUGUUUUAUUGGAUACACAUAUAGGUUGUAUAUUCAAUUUAUCUAGUCAGUGCAAGGAUUUUGUAUCGCUUUAAUAAAUCAUAUAAAUGAAAUAA